GGCCAAAAAGGUGUCUAAUAUCAGGACUUAAUAUUUUCUCCUGUGCGUGCUUCGCCAUGGUUCUCUGUAGAAGUUGGAGGACUCGUUUUAUCCUCCUCCUCCCUCUAAUCUUUCUCAUCCCACUUCUCUUCUCAGUCUCCGAGCUUCAUCAGAAACCGAUCCAGCGAGAGCAGAGGACAAAUUUAUCAAAGAAAUCAAACCAUAUCAUUCUUGGGCCUGCCGCUGGCCAGGGUUUUCCUAACCGACUCCAAUGCGAAGGUCUCAAAGCUAUGAAUCGAAUCCUUUUGCCAAGCUUGCAGAAGAAUCUUGAUAUAAGCGAAAGGGUGUCUUUCGUCUCUAUGUUUACAGUGUAUAACAGUUCUCGUAGGUUAAAAAUGGAAAGUGUAGACAACAAUAUGGAUGGAAAGGUGAUUAUUGGGAACACUUCAUAUACCAAGCCAGAGAGAUCAAUUGCCAUUCUCAAUACCUUCAUUAACUUCAUUCAGGUUUCUAUGCCAAGGAGCCAAGUAUUAUUGUUGACAGAUCCUGCUGCCAACCUUACGAUGAACAGAAAGAAUACCACUCUAUUUCCUGUUUCAGGAGACUAUACUCGAGGUCAACUGAUGCUCCAAAGAAUCAGAUCUUACAUAGCUUUUCUGGAAUCAAGACUUCAACAGAAGUUUGAAAUACAAAACUUCGUCAAUCAUUACAUUUUCACUGAUUCUGAUGUAGCAAUAGUCGAUGAUCUUGGGCACCUAUUUGAAAAUUAUCCUGAUUUCCACCUAGCUCUAACAUUCCGAAAUAACAAAGACCAACCUUUGAAUUCUGGAUUUAUUGCAGUGCGAGGCACUCUUGAUGGAAUUCGCAAGUCCAAGAUUUUCCUUGAGGAAGUCUUGGAAAUAUACAGUUCUAAAUACAUCAAAGCUUCACGCAUGCUUGGAGACCAGUUAGCCCUCGCAUGGGUUGUGAGGUCUCAUAUCUCAUUUACUACUGAACUCUUUCAAAAGCCUGAAGCCUUCUCUGCUGAAAUUAAUGGGUCAUCAAUUCUUUUUCUUCCCUGUGCCAUUUUUAAUUGGACACCACCUGAGGGUGCUGGACAGUUCCAUGGAAUGCCAUUAGAUGUAAAGGUGGUUCAUUUUAAGGGAUCAAGAAAGCGUUUGAUGCUGGAAGCUUGGAACUACUACAACAAAACUGGAAGCACUUCUGAUAUGCUUUGCCUCAUUUUGAGAAGCGGGAGAGCAAAGUAUGACUUUUGAAGCUUGGUGCAUUUCAAUUAGUAUCUGGCCUCGUUUG